AUGCUCCGCGCGCUCGCUUUCCCCAGGUGGGCCCGAGCGUCGCCCCUCCGACCCCGCGUCGUCAUCCUGGCCGAGGAAAGGAGGGCCGUCGCCAGCAACGUGAUGACGCCACUGCCCCUCUCCUACACAGUGUUUGAUGGCCCCUCACCUCAACCGCCGCUUGUUUUUCUACAUGGGCUCUUUGGAAGCAAAACCAACUUCCAGUCCCUCGCCAAAAAGCUGGUGCUCCAGACCGGCCGCAAGGUGCUGACCAUAGAUGCCCGUAACCACGGCAGCAGCCCCCACAGCCCCUUGAUGUCUUAUGAAGCCAUGAGCGCCGAUGUCCAGCUCCUCCUACACCAGCUGCGCCUCCACAGGUGUGUCUUGAUCGGGCAUAGCAUGGGUGGCAAGACGGCCAUGGUACUCUCGCUCCAGCGGCCGGAGCUGGUGGAGCGCCUGGUGUGUGUUGAUAUCAGCCCCAGCGAGACGUCCGCUGUCACCAGCUUCCAGGCCUUCGUGGCCGCCAUGCGGGCUGUGGACAUCCCAUGGGGCCUCCCCCGCUCCACUGCUUGCCGGCUGGCCGAAGAGCAGCUGCGCUCAACCGUCCAGGAGCCAGCCAUCCGCAACUUUAUGCUUACCAAUCUGGUGUCUUCUGAGGGCCAGUUUGUGUGGCGUGUGAACCUGGAGGCCGUCUCCCACCAUCUGGAUGAAAUCAUGAGUUUCCCUGACUUCCAGACGCCCUACUCGGGUCCCACACUUUUCCUGGGAGGCUCGAAAUCUGGGUACAUCAGCUCCAAUGACUACCCGGAGAUUGAGCGGCUUUUCCCCCAAGCUGAGAUCCAGUACGUGCCCGAUGCCGGACACUGGGUUCACGCCGAUCAGCCCCAGCUGUUCCUCGCUGCUGUGUGUAACUUCCUGGAGCUGCCUCCACCAUAGAGUUUUUUGAAGGAUCUUCACAAACC